AACCUCAAACCUUUACUUACAAGGUAUCAAAUUUCUUCAACUCUACUUUCAAUUCCUUUAACAAGAAAAUUGAAUCAGAGAUGAAAGAAGUCCUAGAAAAACUAGAAUAUCUAGCAAAGCAAAAGGGUGCUCUUGGUUUGAGAGAGAGUAUUUAUUCUGGUGAUAGAUCAGGUAGUAAAGUAUCACAGAAAUUGCCAUCAUCUUCUUUGAUUGUUGAAAGUGUUAUUUAUGGUAGAGAUACGGACAAAGAAAUGAUCUUUAAUUGGCUCACAUCUGAGACCGACAAUCAUAAUCAUCUAUCCAUACUUUCCAUAGUGGGCAUGGCUGGAUUGGGUAAGACCACACUCGCCCAGCAUGUAUACAAUGACCCAAAAAUGGAGACUAAAUUUGAUAUAAGAGCUUGGGUGUGUGUUUCCGAUCAUUUUGAUAUUUUGACAGUAACAAAAAAAAUUCUUGAGGCAAUUACAAAAUCCAAAGAUGAUAGCGAAGACCUAGAAAUGGUUCAUGGAAGAUUGAAAGAAAAAUUGUCGGGAAAGAAAUUUUUUCUUGUUUUGGAUGAUGUUUGGAGCGAAAGCCGAGAAGAAUGGGAAGCUGUGCGAACUCCUCUUAGCUAUGGGGCUCCAGGAAGUAGAAUUUUUGUCACAACACGUGAUGAGAAAGUUGCUUCUAACAUGAGAUCUAAAGUGCAUCGCCUAAAGCAAUUAGAAGAAGAGGAAUGUUGGAAAGUUUUUGAAGAACAAGCUUUAAAAGAUAAUGAUUUUGAAUUGAAUGAUGAGAAAAAAGAGAUUGGUAGAAGGAUAGUUGAGAAGUGCAAAGGAUUACCUCUUGCUUUAAAAACAAUUGGAAGUCUUCUCCGCACAAAGUCAUCCAUUUUAGAUUGGAAAAGCGUAUUGGAAAGCGACUUAUGGGAGUUACCGAAAGAAAUUGAAAUUAUGCCGGCUCUCUUAUUGAGUUAUCAGCACCUUCCUUCUCACCUCAAGAGGUGCUUUGCUUAUUGUGCGUUAUUUCCAAAAGAUUAUGAAUUUGAUAAGAAGGAAUUAAUUUUGUUGUGGAUGGCCGAAGGUUUUCUCCAUCAUUCUCAACAGAACAAGAAUGUACAAGAAAUUGGUGAACAGUAUUUCAAUGAUUUAUUAACGAGGUCUUUCUUUCUUCCAUCAACCUUAAUAAUGAAAUUCCUCAUGCAUGACCUUCUGAAUGAUUUGGCAAAAUAUGUUUGUGCAGACUUCUGUUUCAGGUUGAAAUUUGAUAAAGGAAACUCUAUUCCCAAAACAACCCGUCAUUUUUCUUUUGCAUCCAAUGAUGUAAGAUAUUUUAAUCGUUUUGGGAGUUUAACUGAUGCUAAAAGACUGCGCUCAUUUGUUCCUAUCAGACAUAUGAAUUCUGGUUGGAAGUUCAACAUUUCUAUACACGAUUUGUUCUCCGAGUUGAAGUUUUUACGCGUCUUAUCUUUGAAUGGAUAUUAUGACCUCAAAGAGGUCCCCGAUUCUAUUGGUGAUCUUAAACAUCUCCAUUCAUUGGACCUUUCUGGUACUAUGAUACAAAAACUACCUGACUCAGUAGGUUUGCUCUAUAACUUGCUGAUAUUGAAGUUGAAUAAUUGUUCAUAUAUGAAGGAAUUGCCUUGGAAUUUGCAUAAACUCACAAAAUUACGUUGCUUGGAAUUUGAAGAUACAAAAGUGACAAAGAUGCCAAUGCAUUUUGGAGAGUUGAAGAAUCUUCAUGUACUGAGUACGUUUUGUGUUAACAGAGAUCCUGAGAUUAUUAAUAUUAAGCAAUUAGGAGGACUCAAUCUUCGUGGAAAGCUAUCAAUUAAUGAACUUCAAAAUAUUGUGAAUCCUUUGGAUGCAUUAGAAGCAAAUUUGAAAAAUAAACACAUUGUGCAACUAAAUUUAAGGUGGAAUUCGAAUCAUAUGCCCGAUGAUCCAAGGAAAGAGAAGAAAGUACUUGAGAAUCUAAAACCUUCUAAUCAGUUGGAGCAUGUCUCAAUCUGGAGCUAUUGUGGUACACAGUUCCCAAGUUGGGUAUUCGAUAAUUCCUUAUCAAAUUUGGUAUCCUUACAAUUAAGGGAUUGUAAAUAUUGCCUAUGUUUGCCUCCCCUUGGACUAUUGUCAUCUCUGAAGGUCCUCUAUAUUGUAGGACUUGAUGGAAUAGUGAGCAUUGGUGCUGAAUUUUAUGGGAGCAACUCUUCUUCAUUCAUGUCGUUGGAAACAUUGGUAUUCUACAACAUGAAGGAAUGGGAAGAAUGGGAAUGUAAAACUACUUCUUUUCCACGUCUUCGACAUCUUGCUAUUGUUCGAUGUCCCAAGCUGAAAGGUCUGUCAGAGCAACUUCUUCAUUUAAAGAAACUAUCUAUUGAGUCAUGUGAUAACCUCAUCAUUAGUGAUCACAGCAUAAACACAUCAACGCUUGAACUCUUGAGUAUUCGUUCAUGCCCACUUGUGAAUAUUCCCAUGACUCAUUAUGGUUUCAUUCAAGAAAUGAAAAUUGAUGAUGGGUGCGACUCUCUUACAAUCUUUCAGUUAAAUUUCUUUCCAAUGCUCCGUCUGCUUUUUCUGAAAGGAUGCCAAAACCUUCAAAGAAUUUCACAAGAGCACCCUCAUAAUCAUCUCAAGGAAAUGUCAAUUUAUGCAUGUGCUCAAUUUGAAUCAUUUCCCAUUGAAGGAUUAUCUGCACCGUGGCUACAAACUAUUAAAAUUCAAGGAGCGGAGAAUUUGAAGUUGUUGCCAAAACGCAUGAAAAUUCUGCUUCCAUCUCUUAUUGAACUAGAGAUAAUUGAUUGUCGAAAUGUGGAGAAGUUCCCAGAAGGAGGUUUGCCAUCAAAGAUAAAAGACAUAUCUCUUUCAAGUUUAAAACUUAUCGCCUCCCUACGAGAGACCUUGGAUGUCAACACAUGUAUUCGAAGCUUAUCUAUUGAAUAUCUUGAUGUGGAGUCUUUUGCCGAUGAAGUUUUGCUGCCACCUUCUCUUACUUCUUUAAGUAUCAAUCAUUGCCGAAAUCUCAAAAGGCUAGACUACAAGGUUCUCUAUAACCUCUCCUCCCUCUCACUUGGUGAUUGCCCUAACCUCCAAUGCUUACCUGAGGAGGGUCUGCCCAAAUCUAUCUCUUCUCUUCAUAUUUGGCGAUGUCCAUUGCUGGAGCAACGUUGUCAGAAUCCAGAAGGCAAAGAUUGGAGAAAGAUUGCUCACAUUGAAAAUCUGAGAGUUAAGUAAUAAGAUGAAGAAUAAGUUCAAAAUUAGAUGUGCACAUGCUAAGAGGUUCUGAGUAAACCUUCAAUGGGCAGCAACAAGUCACUUAAGAGGUUCAGCAGUUGUUUCAAUGAUUGCUCAAAACUACUCAACUCCAAUUCUCUGCACCACUGUUGUUGCUGUCAACACUCUUUAUUCAAUUCUCAGUUGCAACUCGUUUGUUAUUUUUUAUUUUAUUUUUUUACUUUUAUUUUCUGAGAAUUCUAAAAUCAAACAAAUAUAAAAUUCUAACAAAAAUCUAACUAAGAAUGCCAAAUUAUCAAAGA